CAGAAUGACAGUAUGCAGAAGUGAACAGAGCUUGUUCAUUGUACGGUGUUAUUCUGUUAUUCUGUGCUCCAAAGCAGCUUCAUAGCUGGAUCGGGAGCUAACUACAAUAACUGCUAUACUAUGGAAUACAGAUGUGUGAAUUCAGAUAGCUAAUUGUUGCUUGAGGAAUCUAUCAUGCUUUCACAUAAAGAGAAAUUUUAAAAGCCAGGUUUCCAACUGUAAAGAUGCAAAACCGUAAUAUCCAUGAAGAUCCUAUUACCUAGGAAGAAUCUGACAUUUUGCUGUGAAUGGUUGUGUGGGAUUUAUUUAUUCUUGGAGUGUUCUGCAUGGCUGGCAAGAAUAAUGUUCCAAAAUCAGUCCAUCUCCCAAGGGGUCCAAUUUUCUUCCUGGGUGUCAGCAAGCCCUGACUCACAACAGUGCAGCUGACAGGGACUGUCAUGCUUGUGGCACCCUAAGCAAAAACAAAGACCUAAGGACGACCUUUGAACAACACAAAUGAUGGGUUUCAAUGUAAUUAGGCUACUGAGCGGAAUCAGCUGUAGCCCUGGUACUAGCCCCUACUGUAUUACUGACAAUGCUUCUUCUGCUGAACGAGGAUGCCCUAAGAGCUGUAGGUGUGAAGGAAAAAUGGUAUGUGAAUCUCAGAAAUUACAGGAGAUACCCUUGACUAUAUCUGCUGGUUGUUUAGUGUCCCUUCGCUAUAACAGCCUCCAAAAACUAAAACAUAAUCAGUUUAAAGGUCUAAAUCAGCUCACCUGGCUGUAUCUAGACCAUAACCACAUCAGCAAUAUUGACGAAAAUGCUUUCAAUGGAAUACGCAGACUAAAAGAGUUGAUCCUGAGUUACAGAAUCGCCUUUUUUCUUAAUAAUACCUUCAGACCUGUGACUAAUCUCCGUAACUUGGAUCUGUCAUACAAUCAGCUGCAGUCUCUGGGAUCUGAACAGUUAGGGCUUAGGAAGCUGCUGAGUUUACAUUUGCGAUCCAAUUCCCUAAGAACCAUCCCUGUUCGAAUAUUCCAAGAUUGUAGGAAUCUUGAACUUCUGGAUCUGGGUUACAAUCGCAUCCGAAGUUUAGCAAGGAAUGUCUUUGCAGGCAUGAUCAGGCUGAAGGAGCUUCACUUGGAGCACAAUCAGUUUUCUAAGCUCAACCUGGCACUUUUUCCAAGACUAGUCAGCCUUCAAAACCUUUAUUUACAGUGGAAUAAAAUCAGUGUGAUAGGACAAACUAUGUCCUGGACCUGGAGCUCAUUACAAAGGCUUGAUUUAUCUGGUAAUGAAAUAGAAGCUUUCAGUGGACCUAGUGUUUUUCAGUGUGUGCCCAAUUUACAGCGCCUCAACCUGGAUUCAAACAAGCUCACAUUUAUUGGUAAGAAUUUUGGAUCUUGGAUAUCCCUCAAUGAUAUCAGCCUUGCGGGUAUAUGGGAAUGCAGCAGAAACAUUUGCUCUCUGGUUAAACUGGCUAAAAAGUUUUAAAGGGCUGAGGAAAAUACAAUUAUCUGUGCCAGCCCCAAAGAGCUGCAAGGGUGAACGUUAUUGAUUCAGUGAAAAACUACAGCAUCUGUGGCAAAAGACUACAUAGAGGUUGAAUUAGCAAGAGCUCCCCUAAAGCCAACAUUUAAACCAAAACUCACCAGGCUAAACAUGACAGCAAGUCUCCUCUGCCUCCAACUAUCGGAAACCACCGAAUCCAGCUCAGAAUCGAGCACGACACAGAACACAUCCCUUCAUAAAAUAAUAGCAGGGAGUGUGGCCCUUUUUUUGUCUGUGCUUGUGAUACUGCUUGUAAUCUAUGUGUCAUGGAAGCGUUACCCAGCCAGUAUGAAGCAGCUGCAGCAACACUCUCUCAUGAGAAGGCACAGGAAAAGAAAACGACAGUCACUGAAGCAAAUGACUCCAACUACACAGGAAUUUUAUGUAGAUUAUAAACCUACCAACACUGAAACCAGUGAGAUGUUGCUGAAUGGAACAGGACCCUGCACGUAUAACAAAUCAGGCUCCAGGGAAUGUGAGGUAUGA